AUGAUGUCUAGAAGGUACCCUGGGCGCAGGAGGAAAACAACAGAAUUUCACACAAAGCCGCGUCGCGUCACUCCCCGGCACGAGGUGACGACAAAAGAUCCAUUUUCUGAAAGCAACCAACUUCCAAAACUUGAAGAAAAGAUUAAGAACAAAGACAAAAUCAUCCAAAAGUUACAAUCAGAGGUUGAAGGUCUGCAAACAAAAAACCUUGACUUGGAGAAACAUGUUAUGAAACUACUUAACAAUAAGGUGGAAGUAACAAGUCAAGUGGACAAUUUAGCCAGUAAGAAUGAAUAUCUAUGUAAAAAACUCUCUCAUAUUGGCAAGUUAGCUGAACAGCUAGAAAAAGAAAAAGAAUUUGUCUUGGAUAGUGCUGACAUGGAGCUUGCUGAAGCAAAGUCUCAGAUUAAAUGCCAACAAAAUAUGAUACGGAAAUUGGAACAUACAAUCAACAUUCUUAGAUCUGUUGUUUUAGAUACUGAAGAAUCAGAAGAGUGCUGUCCUUCAAGGCUUGAGAAAUGUAUAAAGACACUGAAAGAAGAGAGAGAUUAUUAUAAAUCUGAAACUGAGACUAUGAAGAAGAUGCUUCGAAAUACAUCUUCAACUUCUAAGUGCGGCCCUUCUCAUGCUGUUUCAAAGGUUUCCUCCCCCAUUCAGGGAAGCAACUCAGAUCCAGAAUUUCUGAAUGUCUUGAGAGAACGUGAAGAACUUAAGUGUAUGAUGGAAAAAUAUGAACGUCAUAUGGCAGAAAUUCAGGGCAAUAUUAAGGUUCUAACAAAAGAGAGAGACAAAAUCGUCUUUCUUUACGAUCAGGCACAGGAAGAAAUAAGUCGACUAAGAAAAGAAGCUAUCAAAACCCCCAGAGCUUCUAAAUCUACAAUGACUGCUCAAGUUGUCUUAAGGCGUGUGGAGACAGAAAGGGAUGGAGCUAUUUGUGAUCUUCGAAGGAUGUCCACAGAACGUGAUAGCUUGAAAGAGAGGUUAAAGAUUGCUCAAGACACUGCAUUUAAUGAGAAAGCUCACUUGGAACAGAGAAUUGAAGAACUAGAAUCAAAUGUUCAAAGUCUUGACAAUGAACGGUUAGAACAAAUAUCAAAGAUAUCUUUGAUGAAAGAGACGAUAGAGUCCAUAGAAAUGGAAAUGAAAAUAUUGGCAAGAAGAGCAGUGGAAUCAGAAACUGAGCUAAACAGACAGAGAACAACCAAUGCAUCACUGAGGCUACUGAAUGAAACAAUACAGCAUAAUCUUUCAGACGCUGAACGACAACUUGCAAAGAAAAAAUAUGAAUUACAACUCAGUCAAGAGAAAAUUAUGUGUCUGGAUGACAAAACUGAAAACCUUUCAAAACAAAACAUUGUUCAACAAGAAGAAAUGUGUGCACUAAAUAGAACAAUAGCAGAACUGGAUGCAGAAAAGGAAUCUUUACAGGACCUUCUUGAUGAAAAAACAGAGCGAAUUGUCACCCUUGAAGAAAGCUUAGACAUUAAAGAGAAAGAGAACCAAGACCUUGUGGGAAACUACCAUAGGGCCAAUGAACAGGUUAAAAAAUGGGAAUCAAAGUUCCAUCAAAUAGAAGUAGAUUGUAACUCUCUCCAAGUAGAACUUCUCAAUGUAGAAUCUGAGAGCCACAGUCUGAAAGAACGAACGGAGUCCCUUGAAACAGAGAUUGGACAACAUUUAGCAACAGAAAAAGCCUACAAGUCACAGAUUUCUACUUUAGGCAAAUCACUUGUAAAAAUGGAGGAGGAACUCCACAAAGUCCAGCUGGAGAAAGUUUCAUUACUUUCAGAUUUGGCAUCUACACGGGAACUGUGCAUUAAAUUGGACACUAACAAAGAGAUGUUAACUCGGCAACUAACCAGCACAACACAGGAAAUGGAACGUUUGCAGAAUGAUUGGGAGUCAUCUCACUCAGAAAUAGAACUCCUUAGAAAACAACUCACUAAUGAAAGAAUAUCAGUAAAAAACCUGGAAACAUUGUUAGCAUCCAACCGAGAAAAGGAAUUUCAGUCUCAGAUGAUAAACCAGGAUAAAGAAUCUGAGAUUCAGCUUCUUAGAGAGCAGCUUUCUCUGGCUGAAGAGAAAAUUGCUAUCCAUGGUCAAGAUUUUUCACAACUCAGAAAUGCAAUAACUCAGUUGGAAUCCGAGUUAGAUAUCACCAAAAGACAGUUGGACACAGAACAGUUUGAAAGGCAACGUGCAGUCCAAGAACUUCGCCGCCAGAGUCUUAUAGCCUCAUACCAUCCAACUUCUACUAUAAGGUCAUCAUCACCUGAACGUUCCUGCCGCUAUUCUCCUGACAGGACUCUAGACAGAUCUUUGGAAGGGGAGCGUGCACUCCAAGAACUUUGCCGCCAGAAUCGUACAGCUUCAUACCAUCCAGUUUCUAUGAGAAGGCUACCAUCACCUGAACGUUGCUGCCACCAUUCUCCUGACAGGACUCUAGACAGAUCUUUGGAAGGGGAACUUGCACUCCAAGAACUUUGCCACCACAGUCUUACAGCUUCAUACCAUCCAACUUCUACAAUACGGUCCCCAUCACCUGAAUGUUCCCGCCGCCGUUCUCCUGACAGGACCCUAGACAGGUCUUUGGAAGAGUGA